AUGAGCUCAAACAACGCGAGUGCUUCUGUCCCUGCGGAGACACCCCACAAAGGAGACAGACACCACAACCUCAGCAUACACCUGAAGCUCAGCAUACACCUCAAGCUCAGCAUACACCUGAAGCUCAGCAUACACCUGAAGCUCAGCAUACACCUGAAGCUCAGCAUACACCUCAAGCUCAGCAUACACCUGAAGCUGAGCAUACACCCCAAGCUCAGCAUACACCUGAAGCUCAGCAUACACCUGAAGCUCAGCAUACACCUCAAGAAAAAGAGAAAGAAGUUCAGGAGACAGUUGGUGCAGCAACAAAGAAACUCAAUAUACACCCGAAAGGAGACAAAGAGGGAUAGAGAUGCUCCUAAAAGGAGACAAACAAAGCUGACUAUACACCUGAGAGGAGACAGAGCAACUCAGUAUACACCUGGGAGGAGACACAUCACUCCAUUGAAGCAGCAGGGGGCAGAGCAGCAGCAGCAGCAGCAAGAACAGCAGCAGCAGGGAAAGCAGCAUCACGAGCCGCAGCACGUGGAGGACAGCAGCAGCAACCGAAGCAGCAGCAGCAGCAGCAGAAGCAGCAGCAUGAAGCGCAGCAGCAGCAACAAGAGCAGCAGCAAGUCGAGCAUCAGCAGCAGCAGCAGCAGCAGCAGCAGCAUCAGCAGCAGCAGCAGCAGCAUCUGCUGCUGCAGUAGCAGCAGAUGCUGUAGAUACCUGCAUGCAUGCGAUGAUAGUAUCUAG